UUCGAGUCCUGUCUGAUGUAUAGAACCGUAAUUAGGUUAGCCAUUAGGUAUUAUGUUUGUCAGUAAAAGUGGAGUGGAAAGUAGAAUAGUGAAUUUAAAUGAUUUCAUAAUAAUUAUGGUGGAUUAGUUUUGUUUGACGCAGUUGUAUUUUGUAGUUGUUAAACAAACUUUGUGAAGUGUUGCUUUGAACUGAAGCGCUUGUUUCCAGAUUUCAUCAUUUCAAUCAAAAUUAGGCAUAAAACACAGAAUGGGUUGCGGUUCAUCAACCACAGCGGUUCCUGUGACGGAGGAGACCGCGAAUGGUGCAGCGAAGACCUCGAACGGAGCUGGAGUGAAGGGUCACCACCAUGACGAUCAUGACGACUUGCCGACCGUUGUACUUCCUGAGACACCAGUUUUACCUAAACCACCGGUGGCCUUCGAGAUUCCAGUUGAAGAGUUCGAUGGGACGAAGCGCGCGUCCACUCCACCUGCUCACCUGCAGAGGCUGCUCCAACCUGUACAGCCUGACAUCAGCCUGCCUGAUAUAGAGGAGAAGUUGGCUGAAGCUGAACAGAGGAGACAAAGUAUCCUGCAAGCGAGAGCUGCGUCUGCGCAGAAGAGAGCACAGAAAAUUAUGAAGAGUGUCCAAGAGAUGGACAGGCUUGACUCGGAACAUGAACACUCAGAGCCUACAAAACAUGUGACGAACAGUCUAACCAUCCCACCAGAGCCUGGCGUGUGUGAAGAUAAAAAUAUUUGAUAGAUUAGAUGCUAUGAAUCAGAAAUCAACUCACGAGAAUAGGAAACAUGUUUAAAAUUAUCGGGCAUAACAAAAAAAAUGCAAUAAUAAUCAGUCAUGAUCAUCGUCAAGUGCACUUCCAUACAAACGCAAAUAUAAGACC